UUUGUUUAUGGUCAAUUGGGUCGAUUAUGUCAUGGCGGGUUAGAUGUUUUUCGGCAUCUGAUUUUAAUGAAUUUGUUUUGAAUUACGCCGUCAAUGAUCUCGUUUUAUCUGGUGUCGUUAAAUACUAAGCGUGUCUGUUUAGGGGUGAUCGGUUUAUAAACAAUUCAAAUGCUGAAACAAUUGCAAAUGGGCCUUCGCGCGUUCAUGCUCCUCGCUUCCAAAGUAUGGAGUUGUUUUUGUUAUAUGUUUAAGAAGCAAUAUCGGGCGUUGGCACAGUAUCAGUCUGUCAAGUAUGAGAUCUAUCCGCUUUCGCCAGUCUCUAGACACAGGCUGAGUCUGGUCAAAAGAAAAAUGUUAGUGUUAGACCUAGAUGAGACGUUAAUACACUCGCACCAUGAUGCGAUGUUGCGGCCGACGGUGAAACCGGGCACGCCGCCGGACUUUGUGCUCAAAGUGACCAUAGACAAACAUCCAGUGAGAUUCUUUGUGCAUAAACGGCCACAUGUGGACUACUUUUUGGAUAUAGUGUCCCAGUGGUACGAGCUGGUGGUGUUCACGGCGUCGAUGGAGAUCUACGGCGCGGCGGUGGCGGACAAGCUGGACGACGGCCGCGGCGUGCUGCGCCGGAGGUUCUACAGACAACACUGCACGGCGGAGCACGGCUCGUACACCAAGAACCUGACGUCGAUCUGCGACGACCUCAACAGGGUGUUCAUUCUGGACAACUCGCCCGGCGCCUACCGGGAUUUUCCAGACAACGCGAUACCGAUCAAGUCGUGGUUCUCGGACCCGCUGGACGUGUCGCUGCUGAACCUGCUGCCGGUGCUGGACGCGCUGCGGUUCACUCACGACGUGCGCAGCGUGCUGUCGCGCAACCUGCACCUGCCGCGCCCGCUGUAGUGCAGGUGGAACCCAACUUGUACAAAGGCGGACGCCGCGCGCCUCCGCAGUUAAUUUAUUAUAAUUUCCUCACUCGUUAGGCCGUUCAACGCUUCUAUCAAAUUAUACAUAUAGAUUUAAUAUAGUUAAUUAUGUUUUAAGAUUUGUUUGAGGUACAUCGGAUUAAACAUGUUUGUAAGAAUGACGUGGUUUCUUGAAGCUAGGUAUUUCAAAAUGGCCGACGAGCUUAAGUUAGUGAUGUGUCAAAUGGUAUAAAGUCUUGCGUGUUUUACACUGUAUUUGACAGAUGCGGUACAUUUUGACAGUUCUAAAUAUUAGUUUUUAUGUUAUAAACUUUGAAAAUAUAUCACUACUUUAGAUUGGUCGCCAUUUUGAAAUAUUAUUAUGUUUUUUAUCGCGUUUAAUGUCAAGGCGUUACCUACGGCUGCUGUAGGAGGGCUGUCAAAAGUUAGUGCUUUCUUGUAGAGUGUUUGCAAAAGCACUAUUUGAGUCAUUUAGAAGUCCCACCAAUAUAAAUACUUUUUAGUACAUUUGACAUCUCAUCUUAGUUUUUCUUUUCAAAGUAAGAAAUCGGAUAAAACCGGUAUUUAUGUUUGCAUAAUCGAUUUUCGUUGUCGUCUCCUAACGAAUCAUUUCCUUUCACAUGUACAAAUCUGUAACUGUAAUAGUGAAUAAUAUAGUUGUGAAUAAUAUGUACUUAAUACAAUUAACAUUUAUAAAACAGAGAUGAGAUGUGGUGCUCAAAGUUACUAAAAUCUUUUAUAUUAGAAAAAUAUUAUCUGUUUCACAAUUGUUUACCUUCACAAUAAUUACUAUUCGUAUGAUCUCCUAUUUUUCAUGAACAAUAUAAUCUAUAAUGUACUCUAUGAUAGACAAGCGGAAUUUUAAAACUUAUUUUAUUACGGCCGAUUCAAAUUAUGUCAAACCAAUCAUAAAAGAAAAAAAACUGAAUUAAUUUCUAGAGCUCAUGUAUCACAUGGUACUAAACAGAGAUAUAUUAAAAACAAUUGCAUAAGUACAAUGUUUUCGUAUACGUAAAUAGUCUUACUAGUAAAUUCUUCAUCUUUACGGCCUAUUGGAAAAUAAUAAAAACUCAUAAUUUCAAAACUUACUAGUGACAAUAUGGUAGCAUUUGUUACCUACUCAAAUGAUGUACAAAUCAUAACAGACAGGUUUACUCGGAUUUUUUACUUAUUACAAUUGUUAUAAGGUUGAUUCUCCAGUGAUUCUAUAGCAAUGUUUGCGUUUUGACAAUAUUAUGAUCUAGUGCACUAUGGUACUUACAAGAGCCUUGGACUUCUGUAUUACCACAAAAAAGCGUGUUUGACACAGACUAUGACAGAGGCAUAAGGGUUUCAGUAGUACUAAACAUCUGUUUACCGUGUACCUAAGUCUAGUUUUUGUGGUAAGAUAAUCUCGAAAGUCUUAUAAUAAUAUCCUGUUAGACCAAUAUGACGAAAUAUUUAAAGCAAAUUAUAAUUUGGAAGUAAUCUUGUGGGUCUCAUUGACAGAUCUUUCUAUAAUGGAUCUAAUGAAAUGCCUUUAUUAUAUUUAUCCUACUCGACCACACAGAAAGGGAGCAGUUGAAAACA